UAGACGUAAGUUGCAAAAUCCAGGAAGUUUUGAUUCGUGAUGUUUCGCUGGAGCUCUGCCUUUCUGUUUCUCGUUUUCUUUCUAUGCACCUGCAGCGCGAGCUAUCGCUGCCAGAAUUCGACGUCGUCGUGGGAAGAGAACGUGCAGAAGGGUCUGCAUGACGUGCAGGAUUAUCUCUUCUCGCGUAGUCUCGACGUGAACGGAACUGCCUCCUGUGAUCUGUCGCAUAACAAGUACAACGCCGUGUACUGCAUCGUGUUUGCCGCUUUUGUCUUUCUUGGUGUCGUAUUUACCUUUUUGGGGUAUCGUUUGUUCAAGUUCAUUCUGUUUGCGACUGGUUUUAUAUCAGUCUUCAUAUUUGUCUACUACGUCGCAUACAACAACAUUCCGUGCAGCUGGACCUUCAAAUAUCUCGAUGUUAUUGCUUUUGGAAUAGCCGUCGCUUCAGGUCUCAUUGUUGGUAUUCUUGCCGUAUGUCUCUUCUACUUCGGCAUGGUUGUUGUCGGGUUUGCAUUGGGCUGUGUGGCUGCACUGGCAUUCCUCUCAUUCGCACACAUUUCCUACAUUGAAGAUCACUCUUGGUUGCCAAUUGUUAUUAUCGUGGCAUUGGGAAUCAUUGGUGUUGUUGUCACGUUAAUCAUACAGAAACCUCUCAUUAUACUGUCAACAUCAGUUGUUGGUGGAUAUCUGAUAGUGAUGGGUCUCGACUAUUUUGUUGAGAACAUGCAAGCCUUCAUCUACGCCUGGAAUCUUCUCGAUCGUCGAACAAAACCAACAUUUCCGAACUGUCCAGCCACGUGGGUAAUGCUCUGCACAUGGCCAGUCUUGGCUCUUGUUGGGCUCAUCAUACAAGGCAAAUUCACCGGAAAGGGCGACCGCCACUCAAGAAAAAAGAAGCACCGUGCCAAUGAUAUAGAAAUGGAUGGUCAUUACACUGGAAGGGAACGUCUGUUGUUCGAAUGAUCACAACGGCCAGGGAAGGAACGUGCACAUGUGUGUGCAUGUAUGUAAUGUACAACAUCAACAGCUAAUCCAAGUACAUGUACUAACCAGUUUUUGUAGCCAUGUAAUGAUCCCAAGUAUUUCGUAUGACUGUACGUAUUUUGUAUGACUGUAGUUCUGCUAUUACGUGUCAAUGGCUUGUAAACAAGCUAAAUUUCAAUACAAUUAUUUCUUAAC